AUGGUUUCAUUGAGGAGGAAAAUGGCAGAAAUAAAACCUUUUGAGCUCAUCAUCGUCUGGUUGAUGUUUCAUGGCUCUCUGGCAGCUCUGAACUGCAGCAGCCCGACCCCGGACUCAUUAUUUCAAGAACUUGAGAAAAACCUUUUCUCCAAAAAUCUGAUSCGUCCUGUCGCCAGUUUCUCCGAUUCGUUGAACAUAACCCUCAGCUUCAUUGUGGUCGGKAUUUUAGGAGUGGAGUGGAACAUAGCCGGACUGAGCUGGGACCAGCAGAACUGUGGAACUAACCGAGUUUCUGUGCCUCGGGACCAGCUGUGGGUUCCAGAUGUUCUCAUCUCAGAGUUUUUAGACGAGGACAAGUCUCCCAAACCUCCRUACGUCUACUUAUACAACACAGGCCAUGUUUACGAUGAUAAACCAGUCCGAGUGGUCAGCUCCUGCCAGUUAGGAAUCUACAAUUUCCCCUUUGACAUCCAAAACUGCUCGCUGACAUUUGGAUCCUAUCUACACUUGGCCGCGGACAUUAGGAUGUUUCCCGGAAGCACGAGUGAAGAGAUCCUGCAGCAGUCCAAGAAUGUGAUGGACUCUGAUGGGGAGUGGGAGCUGGCAGACAUCAGUAUGACUCAUUCCACGCUGGAGUUYGAGGAGGGAAAAUACUCUGAGAUCAAAUACUUUUUGAUCCUGCGCCGCCGACCAACCCUGUAUGUGGUGAACCUCCUGCUSCCCAGCUGCUUCCUCAUCACRGUGGACCUCUUCAGCUUCCUGCUGCCUCCACAGAGRGUCGACCGGUCCUCCUUCAAGAUGACCCUCAUCCUGGGCUACACCGUCUUCCUGCUCAUCAUGAACGACCUGCUGCCGGUCACCGGGCAGACCACGCCUCUCAUCAAUGUCUUCUUCUCCAUCAGUCUCGCCCUGAUGGUCGCCAGCCUUUUGGAGACAGUUUUCAUCACCAACAUCCAGUUCAGCUCGGGUCAGUACAGCGCCGUGCCUCAGUGGCUCAGUGUCCUGGUGCUGCGUUACCUGGCCGUGGUCGUUUGUGUCCCGCCUAGGAAGAAGAGCAACAGAGUGACGGUCUUCCUCAAUCCAUCUCCUGAAGACUCAYCAAUAAAUACCACCUCCACAACCACCUCAGGGGGUCAGACCGGUCUGAGUGAUGCACUUCCAGUGAGGACCCCGCUCCCCUCUGAGCCGGCCCUGGACGAGCUGCAGAAACUGAGCAGAGACCUCACGGCUGUCCGUCUUCAGGUGGACAAAUACUUCCAGAGCUCCAAAACCUCAGAGGAAUGGAAGAUGAUCGGGAUGGUGAUCGACCGCUUGCUGUUCGGUUUGUAUAUCCUCUUCAUCCUGGUGAGCUUCAUCACCAUCAUGGGGAUCUGGCUCUGGAACAACACUUACGCCGCAUGA